CUUUGUGUAGAAAAUGGAGACGUGGAGAGAGGAUUUGCUGAAUCUGAUCACCUACUAGAAGGCGAAAUGAAAAUUGGAGGACAGGUAAACCAAGAUAGUAUCACUGGGAUCGAAGUGCAACUGAGUAUGAAAGCCACUUGGUUUUUUAGCCUACGUAGCCGGCGGUUGAAAGUAAAAUGAGCCCGAGAGCUGAAGAACGGUUGGCGCAAGGGGAGGGGGCCUCUCAACCAAUUGAAAUUUUCCAUACUCUCAGGAAGAGGGGAAAAAACUUCAUGGGCCUCUUGGGCAGUGGCGUCCUCUUUUCUCGCGUGUCUCCCUCGGACGUUCCGUUUUUCUUGCGCCUAUACUACCUCCAAGCGCCUGCUACACAGGCUACUAGUUUUAUAGCUUUAAGGCCAUUCAGUGCCAGCUUCUAAAAAAAGAGGUUUUACUGUUCUAAUUAUCACAGUUAUCAUGUAUUGUGACAUUAUGUUAUGAUUUGGUGGUGGUAGUGUGUGUCCUGAGAUCAAAAUGACGCACCACGACUCACGUGGUCGUCUCUUUUCUGGUGGCAAUAGUCUUCCCUUUUGCCCGCUUUCCUUCACAUUAUCGAAACUAUGAACGUUGACAGAUUGCAUGUCCGGUUUACUAGGAAGACGUUUCUUAUAGUGAGAAAAGUUUUCAGUUGUCUUUUUAAAUUGUUUUUAUUGUUUUAAAAAAGACAUGGCUGAUACUUGUUCUUAUUGUAAAUGGCAACAAGUUCCAUAUAAAAGGUACAGCAGGAGUGAAGCUGUCUUGCCCAGUUGUAGAGCGGCUGACUAUCGAGACGAACAGAAGAGAUUGUAUAUUAAAUAUCUUGCUAAUUGAUGACGAGCUUUUACAGAUUUGUUCUCGGGCUGCUGUUUUGUCAUUCAUAAUUUCUCCUCUUUUUAGAUCCUUUCCAUUCCAACUUUAUGUAGGAGCCAAUGAUUUGUGUUUAAGUCACUCUAAGGAGAAUCCUCUAUAAUGUUGUGCUAACAUUUGCGUGUAACUUGUUUAGGAACACUUUUAUCUGGAGACGCAGGUCACAAUAGCAGUCCCGAAAGGAGAAGAUGGCGAAAUGGAACUGUUUGUUUCCACUCAAAAUCCAAAACUAACACAGGUACCUACGGUGCUAAAUUGCUAA